AGCCACCAUGUCGCAGGGUGCCAGGGGCAGCAGCAGCCUCCUCCUCCUCGCCGGGCUCCUCUUGGUGCUGGGGCCGUCCCCGACAUCCUCCAUCCACGUGUACACGCAGCGGGAGGUGUACGGUACCGUCGGCUCCCACGUCACCCUCUCCUGCAGCUUCUGGUCCAGCGAGUGGAUCUCCGAGGACAUCUCCAUCACGUGGCACUUCCAAGCUGAGGGAUCCCGCGACAGCACCUCCAUAUUCCACUAUGCCAAGGGCCAGCCCUACAUCGAUGACGUGGGCAGCUUCAAGGAGCGGAUGGAGUGGGUGGGCAACCCUCGCCGCAAGGAUGGCUCCAUCGUCAUCCACAACCUGGACUACACCGACAAUGGCACCUUCACCUGCGACGUCAAGAACCCCCCUGACAUUGUGGGCAAGUCCUCCCAGGUCACGCUCUACGUCUUCGAGAAAGUGCCCACCCGCUACGGCGUCGUGCUGGGCUCCAUCAUUGGCGGGGCUCUGCUGCUGGUGGCCGUGGUGGUGGCCCUCGUUUAUCUCAUCCGCUACUGCUGGCUGCGGCGGCAGGCAGCCCUGCAGCGACGGCUGAGUGCCAUGGAGAAGGGAAAGCUGCAGCGAUCGGCCAAGGACGCGUCCAAGCGCAGCCGGCAGGCGCCCGUGCUCUACGCCAUGCUGGACCACAGCCGUGGCACCAAGGCAGCAAGCGAGAAGAAAGCCAAGGGAGCCCCGGGAGACUCCCGCAAGGAUAAGAAAUAGCGGUUAGCGGGCAGGGAAGGUACUGCGGGGGCGGGCGCCGGGGCCACCCGGCCCCCCAAAGUCAUCAUGACCAUCGAGAUGGAGCUGCGGGGGGAGGCCGCUGAGGGCCCCCCCCCCCCGCCUGCCGUCCGCUCCCCCAGCAAGGGCAGCCUCAAGAGCGCCCUGAUGCACAUCAUCAAGCCGAACUCGGGGACCUGACGCCUGGCUGCCGGCGGAGGGAGAGGGCCAGGACGUGGCCCCCCCCGGCUCCGGGAAGCGGCCGCCCUGGGGCACGGGACCCGGCGAGGAGCGGGGUGUGGUCCUCGCCCCAGGUCCCCUGGCCUCAGGGAUGCCUCAGCGUCCCCCUGCCCCGACCUGAAGCCCCUUGGUCGGUACCUUCCUCUGCGC